UUCCCAGCCAUGGGACCCCAGGCCAGGGUGGUCUGCUCCCUGUUCUUUCUGCUACAGGUCCUGGCUGAGCCCGCUGAGAACUCGGACUUCAGCCUGGCUGGGGAUUACGUCUUGGGUGGCCUCUUCACCCUCCAUGCCAACAUGAAGGGCACUGUCCACCUCAACUUUCUGCAGGUGCCCAAGUGCAAGGAGUACGAAGUGAAGACGCUGGGCUACAAGCUCAUGCAGGCCAUGCGCUUCGCGGUGGAGGAGAUCAACAGCCGCCGCGGCCUGCUGCCGGGUGUGCGGCUGGGCUACGAGAUGGUGGACGUCUGCUACCUCUCCAACAACGUGCAGCCCGUGCUCUACUUCCUGGCGCAGGACGACAAUUUCCUGCCCAUCCAGGAGGACUACAGCCACUAUGUGCCCCGCGUGGUGGCCGUCAUUGGCCCUGAAAACUCUGAGUCUACCAUGACUGUGGCCCACUUCCUCUCCCUCUUUCUCCUUCCACAGAUCACCUACAGCGCCAUCAGCGACGGCCUGCGGGACAAGCAGCGCUUCCCCGCCGUGCUGCGCACCGUGCCGGGCGCCGGUCACCACGUGGAGGCCAUGGUGCAACUGAUGCUUCACUUCGGCUGGAACUGGAUCGCCGUGCUGGUCAGCAGCGACGACUACGGCCGCUACAGCAGCCGGCUGCUCGGCGAGCGCCUGGCCCGCCGCGACGUCUGCAUCGCCCUGCACGAGGCGCUGCCCGCGCCCCCGCGCACCCCGGCGGCGACCCGGCGCGAGCGCAGGCGCCUGAGGGCCGUCGUGGACAAGCUGCGGCAGAGCUCGGCGCGCGUGGUGGUCGUGUUCUCGCCCGACCUGGCCUUGCACAGCUUCUUCCGCGAGGUGCUGCGCCGGAACCUCACCGGCGUCGUGUGGAUCGCCUCCGAGUCCUGGGCCAUCGACCCGGUCCUGCACAGCCUCAGCGAGCUGCGCCACACCGGCACCUUCCUGGGCGUCACCACCCAGGCCGUGCCCAUGCCCGGCUUCAGUGAGUUCCGCCUGCGCAGUGCCCAGGCCAGGCCGCCCGCGCCCAACAGGACCAGUCUGAGGGCCACCUGCAACCAGGAGUGUGACACCUGCCUGGACACCACCGAGUCCUUCAGCAGCAUCCUCACACUCUCCGGCGAGCGCGUGGCCUACAGCGUGUACUCUGCUGUGUACGCCGUGGCCCAUGCGCUGCACAGCCUCCUGGGCUGCAGCCGGACCAGCUGCUCCAGAGAGGUGGUCUACCCUUGGCGGCUGCUUCAGGAGAUCAGGAAGGUCAACUUCACCCUCCUGGGCCAACACAUCUUCUUCGACCAGCAGGGGGACCUGCCCAUGCCCCUGGAGGUCAUCCAGUGGCAGUGGAACCGGAGCCAGAACCCUUUCCAGAGCUUCGCCUCCUACCACCCGACGCGGCGGCAGCUGAGGGUCGUCGGCGGCGUCUCCUGGCACACCCCCGACGGCGCGGUCCCCGUGUCCACGUGCUCCAAGGACUGCCAGCCUGGGCAGAAGAAGAAGUCAGUGGGCAUCCACCCCUGCUGCUUUGAGUGUCUUGACUGCCUGCCUGGCACCUUCCUCAACAAAACUGAAGAUGAAUUCGACUGCCAGCCCUGCCUGAGCAAUGAGUGGUCCCACAGGAAAGACACCUCCUGCUUCAAGCGGCGACUGGCCUUCCUCAAGUGGCAGGACACACCCACCCUCGUUGUGGCCGUGCUGGCGGCCCUGGGCUUCCUCAGCACCCUGGCCAUCCUGGUAAUCUUCUGGAAGCAUCUCCAGACCCCCAUGGUUCGUUCAGCGGGGGGCCCCAUGUGCUUCUUGAUACUGACGCCGCUGCUGGUGGCGUACACGAUGGUGCCUGUGUACGUGGGGCCGCCCACGGUGUCCACCUGCUUCUGCCGCCAGACCUUCUUCACCGUCUGCAUCACCGUCUGCAUCUCCUGCAUCACGGUGCGCUCUUUCCAGAUCGUGUGCGUCUUCAAGAUGGCCAGCCGCCUGCCGCGCGCCUACGGCUACUGGGUUCGCUGCCACGGGCCCUACGUGUUCGUGGUGCUCGUCAUGGUGCUCAAGGUGGUCAUUGUGAUAUGCAGCCUGCUGGUCACAAGCAUCAGCCCCACCGCCCGAGCGGACCCCCGGGACCCCGAGGUCAUGGUCCUCUCCUGCAACCCCAACUACCGCAAGGGGCUGCUGGUCAACACCAGCCUGGACCUGCUCCUCUCUGUGGCCGGCUUCGGCUUCGCCUACAUGGGCAGGGAGCUGCCCACCAACUACAACGAGGCCAAGUUCAUUACCUUCUGCACGACCUUCUAUUGCAUCUCCUCCAUCUCCCUCUGCACCUUCAUGUCUGUCUACGAGGGGGUGCUGGUCACCUUCCUAGACCUCUUGGUCACUGUGCUCAACCUCCUGGGCAUUAGCCUGGGCUACUUCGGCCCGAAGUGCUACCUGAUCCUCUUCCACCCGGAGCGCAACACGGCAGCCUACUUCAGCAGCAUGAUCCAGGGCUACACCAUGGGGAGGGACUAG